UCCCAUCGUCAGUCGCCGCCCGAAGCAGGCCGCCGAAAGCCGUGCCUUCGCCUUCCGUUUGCACUCCUCUCAUACCGGGUUUUAGUUUCGUAUCACGAUGACAUAGCCCCAGUGCCGUGCGACGAAUCAACGUGAAAGCGCACACAUUUUUAAGUUUUUCCGUUGGAACGAGGGAACCGUAAAGGUCUUCGUUUUUGCAGAACUAGGGACAUCCUACUCCGCUCCAUCGAAGAACACAGGCGUUACGAGGAGGCGGCUUGCUCUUUUUUAACCGCCUUUUCCAAUAAAGACUAGCGAAAAUGGGCGAGCAUGGCCGUACCGACUCGUACCGCGUCGCCACCAUCGGCCCCAUUAAGGAUGAUAAUAGAACAGCUGAUGGACAUUACAAGACACGGCGAAAACCCCCUGCGAAGAAACGGAAACCUGGAGACUUAGAAGAUCUUAAACAAGAAUUGGACAUCGACUACCAUAAAGUAACGCCCGAAGAACUCUACCAAAGAUUUCAGACUCACCCAGAAAAUGGCCUUAGUCAUGCAAAAGCGAAAGAAAACCUUGAACGAGAUGGUCCAAAUGCACUCACACCCCCAAAACAGACGCCCGAGUGGGUGAAGUUUUGUAAAAAUCUAUUUGGUGGCUUCGCGUUAUUACUGUGGAUUGGUGCUAUUCUAUGCUUUAUUGCCUACGGAAUCCAGGCGAGUACGGUAGAAGAACCUUCAGACGACAACUUGUAUCUCGGAAUCGUAUUGGCAGCUGUCGUUAUCGUCACGGGUAUCUUCUCAUACUACCAGGAAAGCAAGUCAUCAAAGAUCAUGGAAUCCUUCAAGAACAUGGUGCCUCAGUUUGCGACCGUCAUCCGUGAAGGAGAGAAGUUAACGCUGCGUGCUGAAGAUCUUGUACUUGGUGACAUUGUUGAGGUCAAAUUCGGCGACCGGAUCCCAGCUGAUAUUCGUAUCAUCGAAUCACGCGGCUUCAAAGUUGACAACUCGAGUUUAACUGGUGAAUCAGAGCCCCAAUCCCGCGGACCUGAAUUUACGAACGAAAAUCCUUUGGAAACCAAGAACUUGGCCUUCUUCUCUACUAACGCUGUUGAAGGAACUGCUAAGGGAGUUGUCAUCUGCUGUGGUGAUAAUACCGUCAUGGGUCGUAUCGCUGGAUUGGCGUCUGGUUUGGACACCGGAGAGACACCUAUCGCAAAGGAAAUCCAUCACUUCAUCCACUUGAUUACUGGUGUUGCCGUAUUCCUCGGUGUUACGUUCUUCCUCAUUGCAUUCAUCCUCGGUUACCAUUGGCUCGACGCUGUCAUCUUCCUUAUUGGUAUCAUCGUAGCUAACGUACCUGAAGGUCUGCUCGCCACUGUAACUGUAUGUCUGACUCUCACUGCCAAACGUAUGGCUUCCAAGAACUGCCUUGUAAAGAACUUGGAGGCUGUCGAGACCUUAGGAUCUACGUCCACUAUUUGCUCUGACAAGACUGGCACUUUAACCCAGAACAGAAUGACCGUCGCUCACAUGUGGUUUGACAACCAGAUUAUUGAAGCUGACACCACCGAAGAUCAGUCUGGAGUUCAGUAUGACCGCACUAGCCCCGGUUUCAAGGCGCUCGCUAAAAUCGCAACUCUGUGCAACCGUGCCGAAUUCAAAGGUGGUCAGGAUGGCGUGCCAAUCUUGAAGAAGGAAGUCGCCGGUGAUGCCUCAGAAGCUGCUCUGCUCAAAUGUAUGGAACUCGCGCUCGGAGAUGUGAUGUCUAUCAGGAAAAGGAACAAGAAAGUGUGCGAAAUCCCCUUCAACUCGACCAACAAAUAUCAAGUGUCUAUUCAUGAGAGCGAUGACCCCAGCGACCCUCGCCACCUGCUUGUAAUGAAGGGAGCUCCCGAAAGAAUCUUGGAACGUUGCAGCACUAUUUUCAUUGGUGGCAAGGAAAAGGUUUUGGAUGAAGAAAUGAAGGAAGCGUUCAACAAUGCGUACUUGGAACUCGGUGGUCUCGGCGAGCGUGUGCUCGGUUUCUGCGACUUGCAACUGCCGUCCGACAAAUACCCAAUUGGCUUCAAGUUCAACACCGAUGACGUCAACUUCCCUAUUGACAACCUUCGCUUUGUCGGCCUCAUGAGUAUGAUUGACCCUCCUCGUGCUGCCGUGCCCGACGCUGUCGCUAAAUGCCGGUCUGCUGGUAUCAAGGUUAUCAUGGUAACUGGUGACCACCCCAUCACUGCCAAGGCUAUCGCCAAGUCCGUGGGCAUCAUCUCUGAAGGCAACGAAACGGUAGAGGACAUUGCUGCCCGCCUCAACAUUCCGGUAUCUGAAGUCAACCCGAGGGAGGCUAAAGCUGCUGUGGUCCAUGGAACUGAACUUAGGGAUCUUAACUCUGACCAACUGGAUGAAAUUCUUAAAUAUCACACGGAGAUCGUGUUCGCCCGCACAUCGCCCCAACAGAAGCUGAUCAUCGUGGAGGGUUGCCAGCGUCUCGGCGCCAUUGUAGCCGUCACCGGUGAUGGUGUCAACGACUCGCCAGCUCUGAAGAAGGCUGAUAUCGGUGUUGCCAUGGGUAUCGCUGGAUCCGAUGUGUCCAAACAGGCUGCCGACAUGAUCUUGCUGGAUGAUAACUUCGCGUCCAUCGUCACCGGUGUGGAGGAAGGCCGCCUGAUCUUCGACAAUCUCAAGAAGUCCAUCGCGUACACUCUGACCUCGAACAUUCCAGAAAUCUCUCCCUUCCUCGCCUUUAUCCUUUGUGACAUUCCCCUGCCUCUUGGUACUGUUACCAUCCUUUGCAUCGAUCUCGGAACUGACAUGGUACCAGCUAUUGCGCUCGCGUACGAGGAAGCCGAAGCCGAUAUAAUGAAAAGACCACCUAGGAAUCCAUUUUGCGACAAACUUGUCAAUGAGAGGUUGAUUUCCAUGGCGUACGGCCAAAUCGGAAUGAUCCAAGCGGCGGCUGGAUUCUUCGUAUACUUUGUGAUCAUGGCUGAGAACGGAUUCCUGCCCUUGAAACUGUUCGGUAUCAGGAAGCACUGGGAUUCCAAAGCCAUCAAUGACUUGACUGAUUCCUAUGGACAAGAAUGGACCUACCGUGACCGCAAAGCCCUCGAGUUCACCUGCCACACCGCUUUCUUCGUGUCGAUUGUAGUCGUGCAAUGGGCCGAUCUGAUCAUUUGCAAGACUCGCCGCAACUCCAUCGUGCACCAGGGCAUGCGCAACUGGGCUCUCAACUUUGGUCUCGUGUUCGAAACCGCCCUCGCCGCGUUCCUGUCAUACACCCCCGGUAUGGACAAGGGUCUCAGGAUGUACCCACUCAAGUUCGUGUGGUGGUUGCCCGCCAUCCCGUUCAUGCUGUCGAUCUUCAUCUACGACGAGAUCCGGCGCUUCUACCUGCGCCGCAACCCCGGCGGCUGGCUGGAACAAGAGACUUACUACUAAACACCGACCACGUCCACACCGCGUCGUGCUACUGUUAGUUAUCGCGUUACCUUCAUUUGUGUUCUACCAGACUGACAGGCGGUGCCGUUCCGGUAUAUGUGUUGUCGCUGUCGUGUUCGCUUCUCACCGCUUGUUGCCGCGUGUGCGCCGCCAAGCGUCCGCCGAGCGUCGCGACCUCACUCCGUUUCCAACUAUUUAUGUAUAUAUGCACGGUGUACGGUGGUGAAAUUGUAACACGUUCCGUUUAAGUCUGAACCGGCUCGGUUCAAAGUUGGUAUUAAGUUGAAUCUCAUGUGUGUCACGUGCGACGGGCGCGCGAUCGGGGCGACGCGGGGAAUGUUCUAGAGCUUCACUGCGUUGUGGUCGCCGUGUCUGUUCUGUAACGUUGCUCCGCUGUCCCUCGGCCGCAGCGCUCGCGGCGGGCGGAGGGCGAGUGCGUCUCACACCGAAACACAUACCGCAUAUCUCCGCACUAGUUCACUGUCACUGAAGUAACAUGUACUAAUAGAAUUGUUUUUCAUCUGUACAAUAAGUAACGAUCGUCGUCGGCGACGAGCGGAACGAGACGCCCGCCGCGCUCCGGGCUCGGCGGCCAACGAAAGCAUUUGUUGUAAAAUUACAGUUAAGCCAUUAUAUUAUUAUUUUUAAGUGAAAUUAGAUUAAGUUGAAUUUUUCGUGUGAAUAAAGUUUAGUUGACGAUUCGAUCGGGUGCGUGGUGUGUGAGAGGUCGAUGUGGAGUGCCUGAGUUUUAGUGUACUACCGCUUACUGUUAGGUAGGUAGUUGAAAUUUUGAAGCCAUAUUUUCAAUCGUAAAAGUAGUUAAAAUAAAGACGCAUACACGACGCGAUCGCUUGCGGCGCGGGCUCGCCCGGGGCCGCCCGGGGCCGCCCGGAGCCGCCCGGGGCCGCCCGGCGCCGCCCGACACGACGCUUUUCUUUUCUAAACUAAUCGGAUCAUUAGAGAAUUUCAUCAUGUUUAUAAAAUAGGCUGCUCAUGAUAAUUAUGUAAGAUUUUAUUUCUUAAAUUAAUUAAAAGAUAAUAACAAAAUGUAGAGAUGCGUAAUUAGAGAUUUUUAAAAUUAUACAGUUAUGAUAGAGUCAUCUUGUUUUAGUCGGCACUCGGCUGUUCUAUGUGCGAGUAGGGUAGGGAGUAGCGGGGAG